AUGAAGUUCCAAGUUCUUACUGCUAUUGCCCUUGCUGCCUCUACCACUAUGGGUGCUCCAUGUUUGUCUGCCCUCUUGGGUGGUGGUUUACUCGGAGGUGGUUCCAGUUCAGGUUCUAGUUCCGGCUCAACUGGCUCUGGUUCUACAUGUGUCGAAUGUGAACAAGGUGGUUCUGGCCAAGUUACUCAAACUGUUCAAGUUCCUGCGGAUGGUACUGCUACUGCUGGUGCUUCAGUUCAAGCUUCUGGAUCUGUUUCUGGUAGUGGUGAUUCUUCAUCUCCAGAUGGUUUCGUUGUUAUUUCUGGUAGUGCUCAAACUCCACAAGGUUCUGCUUCUGGUUCUGCCCAAGUUGAUCCAAAUGCUGGUGCUCAAGGUAGUGCCCAAGUUUCCACUGGUGGCUCUGGUGAGACUUCUGGCCAAGCCUCCGGUCAAACUUCUGGUCAAGCCUCUGGACAAACAUCUAGUUCUGCUCCAACUAAAUCCAACAAUGCCAUCCCAGGUACUGGUGCUGACUUGCAACAUCAAAACCAAGCUACUGCUGGUAUCUUUGGUAAUGGUAAUACUUAUGGUAAUGCUGGUAUUGGUGGUCAAGGUGUUGCUACCAUUGACUCUAUUACUAAAGCCAUCAGUAGUCCUAUCAGAGGUAUUUUGGCUCCAAAAAGUUCCAAAAAAUAA